CAUUUCGCUCUCCAUACGGGCCUAGUAACCAACGUGCAGUUGUGUAGUUCAGCGGUAUAGUGCACUCAUUGGUUUUCCAUUCGUGUUGUUGCGAUACCGUGUUUCCUUACGAGGUGGAUAUUCGUGCGUUUUGUGAUAAUAUUAUUAAGUUUUCCGUUGAAUUUUUUCAAAUAAUUACUAUUAUCAAAAAAAUUUACUCGACGACGGAUAAAUUACGAUUUUUUUCAAAAAACGGUUUCGUUCGAUCUACGCGUAUAUGAUGUGAAUUAAUGUGUUUGAUGUGUGGAAUACGCGUACAACAAACCAUACGGUUUUAACCUUGUAGAUACAGGAAUGUUACUACUGCAACACCGUAUAGAAUGCUUACAAGGACCAAAGGAUGCCUACAACUAGUUGGAGUAUUAAUUUCGAUAUGGCUGGGGCAUGUUGGAAGCCAAGCUGUGGUGGACAAUCGAUGCUAUUUGGAAAAUGGCGGUUCGGCCGAAAGCUUCUUCGUAUCCGAAGAUGUACCAGUCGGAUCUAUUAUUGGCGUUUUGAAGAUAAACGGAGACACGUCCGAAACUGGAAACAUAAAUUUAUCACUGAAAGAGGUGGACAGUCCGGUCGCCAUCCUACCCGGUACAAAAGAACUCAGUCUGACCAAACUAUUGGAUAAAGAAGGUAUUUCUGGACCAUCUUCCGUUUACGUAAAUGUGAUCUGCGAGCGAAAACAUACAGCCGAUCCCAACUUCGCCAUUCCCGUGAGUAUUCGAGUCACCGACGCCAACGACAACGCCCCCAUAUUUGUCAAUGCCCCUUACGUACUCAAUAUAUCAGAGGUGACCGUGGUCGGGACCAGAGUGUUACAGGGCAUCAAAGCCGUCGACGCCGAUCAACUCGGACCGUUUUCCACCGUACACUAUACCGUGCUUCCGGGACCGCAUUCAGAUUUUUUCGUUUUCGUCAACGGCCUAGAAGGAACCCUGGUGUUAAGGAAAGCGUUGGACUACGAAACCCUUUCAAAUUUUACCAUCGGUAUUCGAGCACAGGAUCAAGGCAAUCCACCACAAUAUACAGAUACAGUCAUAUUUGUUAACAUCAUUGAUGCAGAUGAUCAAAAUCCAAAGUUUUACGACGAAAGAUAUACUGCCACUUUACCUGAUAAUGCUGUCAAAGGCACAAAACUUAGGGUGUUUCCAAGAGAAAUUGCUGCAUACGAUCAAGACCUUGGAAUAAACGCCAAUAUAUUUUACACUCUGAACUCUGAUACUCAAGACUCUCGAUACUUUGAACUGGACAGAGUUUCGGGUAGUGUUACCGUUAAACGUGCCAUUCCAGAAGACGAUUUGUUGCAACCUGUCACCAUGGUCAUUCGAGCCACACAAUUCGAUAACGCCGAUCGUUACGCGCUGGCCACGUUGGCUAUAAGCCGACCGGGCACGUCACUUCGGGAACUUCAGUUUCUACAAGACCACUAUCAGGCGGGAGUGCUGGAAAACGUGCCGCUAGAUAGCGUCCUGCUGACAGUGAUCACCAACAAACCAAAGGACAAGCGGCUGAAGUAUUGGCUGAGCAACUAUACGGACAUAUUUUCAAUUUCGAUCAACGGCGACAUCGUUUUGAAAAAACCACUGGAUUACGAAACGAUUGACAAUUACGUGUUUUAUGCUUUUGCCACCGACAGUUUCAUGAACACUUCUGCAUUCGUCAACAUCACCGUACUGAACGUUAACGAUUGGGAUCCGAGAUUCCGAUACCCACAAUACGAGUUUUAUGUGCCAGAUAUAUCUUUAUCUCAAUUACUACCGGGUACGGUGAUUGGUAAGGUGGAAGCUGCAGAUGGUGAUCGUGGCGAUCGUGUUACUUUGGCACUGCGAGGACCGGAAUCUAAAAUGUUUGCUAUUGAAGAUUCGGGAGACAUUGUACUGGGUGAUUUAUCAGAUCUUAAUACUUCCACGGCACAUCUAGUUGCUGUAGCUACAGACACUGGAAUUCCUCCGAGACAAGCUUCGGUGCCCGUUAUUGUACAUUUGCCAGACACGAUUGUCAGGUUUGCUGGUCGGACAUCUGCUAAUAGCUAUACAGUAUUCGUGAUAUUCGGAGUUAUUUUGGGCGUCCUCAGCUUAGUUAUAAUAGCAUUGAUCGUUCAUAUUCAAAAAAAUAAACGACCGAAACUUGGCACUGCGACUAAUUUCGACGUGCGCACUAAGUUUGAAGGAUUUAAACGUACCAAUCCAAUAUAUGACGAAAAACGUUUAGUUGGAGUCGGCACCAAAAUGCAAAACCCAUUAUUCAAUCCAAAAGAAGACUCUGCCGAUCCUUUAUACACUGCGACAGUUAAAACAACCAGAAUGUUUCCUGGAACAACUAAUGGAAAUGGUCGAGCUAAAAUGGGUGCAGUACAGCAAACACUUCCUAGAUCUAGGCACAAGUUCCCUGCACCAGCUCCACCUCAAGUGCCCAGGGGUGGUGGAGGUGGUGGCCGAUCACCUGCAGGUUCUUCAACCACUACGACCACAGCCACGCCAAGUCCAGUGAGCAGAUUUUCAAGAAUGCCCCAUUGGCCCACCGAGGCUAUCCCUAAACGUGUUAAGAAGCUCAGCUGGGAUGAUCGUAAUUCGUGUGCCCACAUGACGCGUGAGAUCGACCCGAGCGUCAGUGUGACUCCAGUCGAAGAAACGAGAAGAGAAGACAAUCUAACCGUUUAUUUUUAGAAUAUUUCGGUCAUUCGAAAUUUAAUUAAAAUCUUAAGUAUAACAACUAUGUGAUAAGAUCAAAAUUAUAACAUAAGGUAUUCAUAUAUUAUUACAUUUAUUCAUAGGUAGGUACAUAUUAUACGUCAUAAAAUGUGUAUAUAAAUAAAUACAUUAUUCCUCUUUAGCGUGUUAAAUUUAGUCAUAUAUAGGUAUAUAAUAUGUUAAGUGUAGCUCUUAUAUAUAUAUAUAUAUAAAAACAGACAAUUGUAUAGAAAUAAUCAUGUAGAUUUAUAAUUUUUUUUUGUAAUUAAUUUUAUUAUUUUUAAAUUUGUGUCUCAUAUACGGACUGAAUUAUAUAAAAUAUCUAUACUACCUAUAUAAUAUAUGUUUAUUAAACAUCUACAAUUGCUGUUCAAUA